GGCUCUCUGUCGGACUUCCUGAAGGGAAACAUCGUCAGCUGGUCCGAGCUGUGUCACAUCGCCGAGUCGAUGGCGUGCGGCCUGGCUUACCUUCACGAAGACAUCCCGCGACAGAAAGGAGAGGGACCCAAACCGGCCAUCGCCCACAGGGACUUAAAGAGUAAAAAUGUCAUGUUGCGUUCCGACCUCACAGCGGUGAUCGGCGACUUCGGUCUCGCCAUUCGCUUCGAGCCGGGAGAACCUCCUGGAGAGACGCACGGACAGGUUGGGACGAGGCGUUACAUGGCUCCGGAGGUUUUAGAGGGAGCCAUCAACUUCCAGCGAGAUGCCUUCCUGCGGAUCGACAUGUACGCCGUGGGUCUGGUGCUGUGGGAACUGGUGUCCCGCUGCAAGGCUGUCGACGGUCCGGUGGAUGAGUACAUGCUGCCGUUUGAGGAGGAGGUCGGUCAGCAUCCGUCACUCGAGGACCUGCAGGAAGUCGUCGUCCACAAGAAGAUGAGACCGGCCCUCAAAGACGUCUGGCUGAAGCACAGCGGUCUGGCUCAGAUCUGUGAGACGGCGGAGGAGUGCUGGGAUCACGACGCCGAGGCCCGGCUGUCGGCCGGCUGCGUGGAGGAGAGGAUCUGUCAGAUCCGCCGCCUCGCUCCGCCUACCUCUGACCACCACGCCCUGCUGGUCUCCACGCUCCCGCCUGUUCCCAUGGUAACCAAUGUGGACCUACCGUCCAAAGAGUCCAGUAUAUGAGGAGGUUAAAAAGAACGUAUUAUUUUGGAGGCCUGACGUUACCGGCGAAGUUCGGUUCAACUUCCUGUGAAAAUGAACGAAUGACACAAGAGCGCGUGCACACACACACACACACACACACACACACACACACACACACACACACACACACACACACACACACACACACCAUCUUUUCUCAGUGGAAUUAAACAACCUGAACCAGAAACACGGCGUGAAAGCAGCUGCUAUUUGAUCUCUUUGGACUUUUUUCUUCGGUUCUCUUUUGGUCCGUUUGGACAAAUAUUACCAGCACACGUCCUCGUUUUUCUCAAGUUUUUUUGAUUCAUUCGUGUCUUUUUUAUUUUUUAUUUUUACUAAAUGUGUGUGUGUGUGUGUUUAAUGAGAAAACUAAACAUGCAGACACACACACAAACAGGAAAACCCAACACUGAAACGCAUUCAGGUCCCGACUCAGCGAAUGCUCUUCUCUCUCCAGGUACCUCAGCGACGACUUUCAUUACUUUGGCUAUAUUUUUUAAUUUUUUACCAUUUUUCCUCGUGCAUUCUUCCUUCUGCUCCUCCACAUCUCGACUUGUCUACCUUCCUGGCAACUUUGCGACCGCGUCACCGACCACGACCACCUACCGUCAAUCUGACGGCGGGAUGUUUUGGUUUUUUUUACUACAAUGCUGCAAAACCUUCAUAGGAACGACUGUUACAAAUACUGACCGUGGAACAUUUGCUGUUCUGCUUUUCCUCGGACUCCUUUUCUUUUCUGCUUUCCUCCUGCGACCACACACUAUUCACACACGACAAACCUUCGGAUCCAACGGGUUGUAUCCAAAAAAAACACAGGAAACAGGAAGUGAGGUCAGAUGGGAAGACGGGAAACAGACUUGACGGUGUUAGCGCUGAGCGGGGAGCUUUCCUCUCUCUCUUCCUGCGUGUUCGGCCGCCAUGAUUCGAGGCCGGAGCGCGAGAGGUUAGACGCUCUUCAGGAACCAGGUGGCAAACGUCUUGCAUGCAGAGAUUUGAU